GGACCUGGCAACCGCGCACGUCACACACACGGAGGCAAACGUUGGCGCGUAAAAAGCAGAGCAGCGUGAGGUUUCCAGCGUUUAAAAUCACUUUGAAACAAACCAGCGACAGCCAGGGACGAAAGAUGGCGACUUCCUCCGUGUCUAAAGGCUGUUUCGUGUUCAAACCGAGCGCCAAGAAGAGGAAAAUAACCGAAACAGAGGAGUAUUUUACGCGUGGCUGCGAGGAGAAGGACGGCAGCGCGCUCAGGUACAAACUCUGCAGAGACCUGUGGGACCAGGUCAUCAGAGACACCCAGGGACUGCAAGAAGAGCUCAGCAGACAGACACUGGACAGGCUCCUGGACUUCACCAAGAAAUGCUUCUCUGCGGGUGGACACUGGACGGGGCAGAGGCGAGACGGCGAGAUCCCAUCGAGAGACGGCGAGAUCCUAUCGAGAGACGGCGAGAUCCCACCCAGAGACGGCGAGAUCCCACCCAGAGACGGCGAGAUCCCACCCAGAGACGGCGAGAUCCCACCCAGAGACGGCGAGAUCCCACCCAGAGACGGCGAGAUCCCACCCAGAGACGGCGAGAUCCCACCCAGAGACGGCGAGAUCCCACCCAGGUCCACUGAGAUCCCCACGGCCGCCCUCCUGCUCGGCGUCAACGUACCCGACCACGACAUGACGUUCCAGAGCUUAUCCGACCUUUUACGCCGACGUGUCACCCCGUACGUCGCCUCCGUGCAAGCCAAAGAGUGCGGCGCCCUUAAACACCUGCUAAAACGAGUACUCGAACGCAUCAUGGACGGCGUCGUGGCUGUAGACGGCGAGGAGGACGACGAAACCGACGCUCCCCAAAUCGGCAAAGGCGUGCAGUGCUCCUUCGGGAUACUUUGCGAGUGGUACAAGGCUAAACUCAAAUCGAAAGACGGUUCUCUGGAAAAACGAAACGGCGCCAAUCCUCCCGUGGUGGUUAUUUUUAAAGAUCUGGAGGCGUUUAACCCGAAAGUUUUGCAAGAUUUCAUUCUCAUCUGCAGCCGUUACGUGGAUCAGAUGCCGCUGAUGUUUAUUUUCGGCAUCGCGACGUCGCCGAGCACGAUCCAAAGCAUGUUCCCGCACUCCGUCUCGGCUCUCCUGUGCAUAGAGCUGAUCCAUUCGCUCUCCUGCACGCAGCACCUCGCCACCGUCAUCGACAAGUUCAUUUUGACGGCGAAAUUCCCGUUCAAACUCACGAGCAAAGUCAUGCAAGUUCUCAUCAGCAUAUUCCUCUACCACGACUUCUCCGUGCGUAAUUUCAUCAAGGGCGUGCAGGUGGCGCUGCUGGAGCACUUUCACUCGCAGCCUCUGAGCGUGCUUUGCUGCGAGAAGAAAGUCGCCUUGGAUCUCGUCGCGCGUCUUCGCCCGAAAGACUUGGAGCGAAUUCGCCAACUUCCGUCGUUUCGGAGCCACGUCGAGACGCUAAACGAGCGAGAACGGGCCGAACUCAUGAACGACGACGCCAUCUUGAAAACGGAGUGCAAGAAGUUCAUCAAAUCUCUCCACAAAUAUCACAAAAACUACUUCCCGAUCUUGAAAUGUCUGCACACGCUCACGUCGUCGCUGCCUCGUUAUCCGCUCGGGAAGCAAAUCCGGGAAUUGCAUUUGAUCUGUCUGGAAAACCGCGUGUGGGAGAACGAGGACUAUCGCACGGCCAUGAAGCUGCUCAGGAUGUUCUCCAAAGACGAGCUGGUGCCGGCGCUGCAGAGGUGCGUGGACAUCCUGGAACCAGAAGAAUCCAAAACGAUGAUGAAAGUUCGGAUUCAGCUCCAAGAACUCGUGUCCAAGAUGAAGGGACUGGAUCUGUGCGCGGAAGUGUGUCCACCUGCACAGGACGCGGCGCCGAUCCUCACGUCUUCAUUCAAAAACCUCCAGAAGAAAACCGACCUGUUCCACCUGCAGAAGGCGCUGCUCCAAAUGCACGAAACCCGACGCAACAAACAGCUGAGCCCGUACGAGCGGCUCCGUAACGAGACCGUGGACCUCGUCGAGUCUCUGGUCCGAGCCUACUUAGCCCCGCCCGAAUCCCAACCCCUGAACGAAGUCCUGUACUACCGCUCGUCCACCACCGUGAGGCGCCAUUUGAACGCCGCUCCCCGCACCUCCAUCCAAGCCGCGCUGAGCGACCCGUACUUCUACCUCCAGAACGAAAACCUGCGCGCGGAGGACGGCGGCGUUCCCAAUUCCGCACCAGAUAUUUGCAUCGCCUACAAACUCCACCUGGAAUGCGGACGCCUCAUCAACCUGCUGGACUGGCUGGAGGCGUACUGCACCGUCGUGUCCGCCGCCGAAGGAGCCGAUCCGGGGGCGGAGGAUUUCGGGAAAGUGGACGAAGUGAGACACGCGAGGUUCAUCCAGGCCGUGUCCGAGCUGGAGUUUCUGGGAUUCUUAAAGUCGACCAAACAGAAGACGGACCACGUGGCGAGGCUCACGUGGGGCGGCUGCUGAGAGCGGAGGAAACUGAGGAAUUAUUGGGUUUUUUUUGGGAAUAUUUAAAGUUAUAUAGUUGGCGUCUACGGAGUUCACUGCUCCUCGCUCUGAUAAAGACGUUAUUGUCGAUACAGUGACGCCCGUAUUUUGAACUGUCUGUGUGAAUAAAACUGGUUAUGGUCACGAUGGACACGAUCGUCAUGGAUAUUUGUAAAAAUCGAAUUAGAUUAACGUUAUAAUGAGGUUCUGUCACAAACACACACUGGAGUUGUGUUUGUUUCAUUCACAUGUUUGAGUCACUUUAUUAUUCGUCUGUUACAUCGACAAAGAUCAAAAUGUGACGUUACACCUUGUGAUGUCAUCAAGUGGAAGUUUUCCAGUGAACAGAUCAGACUAAAGAGGAGAGGAAGAAGAGGGGGAGGAGGAGAGGAGACACGAGGGGGAGAGGAAAAAAGAGAAGAGGAAACAAGAGGAGGAGGAGAGGAGACAAGAGGAAGAGAGGGGGAGGAGAAGAGGAGGAGGGAGGGAGGAGAGGAAGAAGAGACAGGAGGGGGAGGAGACGAGUAGGAGAGAAGAGGAGGGGAGACGGAGAAGAGGAAGACGGGGAGAAGAGACGAGGAGAGGAGUUUUCCAGUGAACAGCUCCUUUUCCCUUUAGUUCAGUUGUAGAUUGUCAGUUGUUCCAGGACUGAAAUGAUCCAGAUGAUUCUAGUGAAGGUGGAGUUUAAAAACACAGUGGAGCACUUCCUGUAUCACCACAUGAUGACAUCACAAGGUGGAACAGAGUGUUUUCAGUUUGAGAGAAGAACUCAGUCUAAAUCUGCAGGUUUGUUUGUGUUAAACAUGUGAGAAUGAAACAAAACACAACUCCAGGUCUGUGUGUGAGGAGCAGUGCAUUAUGGGACGUUAAUGGACAAAUAUUGAUCUUGUGUCAGAUAUUUCAGGGUCUAAUCAAAUGUUUACACAGACACGUGGAAGAGUCAGAGGUUAAUCUGUGGAUAUGAUUGUGCGUCUGUGUGAAAGUGUGUGUUCUGUACAAAAACAACAUGAAUAUUUCAAAUGCUCUGAUGAACAAAAUAUCAGAUUUACACUAAGACAAUUUAAACAUUUCUUAACUGGGUCGUAGCGUCACUUUAAACAGAAAAAGAUCAGUUUAAUUUACAUUUUUCAAUCCCAUAAUUCCCCUGGACCCACAGCUGUUUGUGUCGUUCUGUGUCUUUUGUUUCACUCCACAUGAGGCUUUGUAAGAGAAUGAAUUUAGUCAUUUUUCAUAGAUGUGUUUGUCCAUUAGGGGGCGCCAGAGUCUCAUGUGCCUCUUUUCAAUCCCAUAAUUCCACUGGACCCACAGCUGUUUGUCCAGGAUCAUCC